UUUGCAAACAAACCAAACAUAUGAUUGCAUUUUGAAUGUGUCUUAAAGGAUGUAUCCAACAGAUGGCAUAUCACUAGUCAUAUCGUGGAUGUGUUGAUCCCCAGCACUACCACUACCACCACUAAACUGAUCCCUAAGACAAAAGGCACAAUUAGUGAAAGACACCAUCAGAUGAUCGCCAAUUGAUAACCACAACAACCAUCACCUCAUAAUCAUCAAACACUAUAUACCUCAACCAUCAUCAUCACCACUACCACCAACACCAACACCACUAAACUGAUCCCUAAAAAUAAUAAGACAAAAGGCUAUUAGUGAAAGACACCAUCAGAUGAUCACCAAUUGAUAGCCACCUCCUCAACACCACCACCACCUCAUAAUCAUCAAACACUAUACCUCAACCAUCAUCACCACUACCACAACCAACACCACUAAACUGAUCCCUAAAAAUAAUCAGACAAAAGGCUAUUAGUGAAAGACACCAUCAGAUGAUCGCCAAUAGAUAGCCAACCACCACAACAACCAUCACCACCUCACCAUCAAACACUAUACCUCAACCAUCACCACCACAACUAUACCAGCAAAGACAGAUACAAUGACAGAUCCAUUACCAGCGAUGAACUCGACAACAACCGCCGCCGCCAACACCACCACCACUGUCGCCGUCAGCGACACCAAGAAAUAUGUGCCGCUUAUCGACCGUAUUAAUCGACACCAACAGACCUCCUCCCCCUCGUCCACAUCGAUGCCAUUUUUUUCGUUUGAAUUUUUCCCGCCAAAAACCAAAGAAGCGGCCAUCAAUCUCAUUGCUCGUAUGGAUCGUUUACGGCAAUCCGGGCCACUGUUCUGCGACAUUACUUGGCACGCGGCCGGCAAUCCGGGCGGCGAUUCCGAAACCAGUAGCAUAACUAUUGCCGGCUGUGCACUGAACUAUUGCGGUCUGGACACUAUGCUGCACAUUACGUGCAUUGGACUCAACCGUCGGGAUCUGCGCCAGCAUUUGGAUCGGGCCAAGUGUUUGGGCAUUCGUAACAUACUAGCCCUCAGAGGCGACCGAAUCGAUACCGCCGCCGACGACAACACAAACAACAACAACAACAACAACAACAAAGAGAUGGAUAGCAUUGGCAACGAUAGCAGUGGUGGCCAAGAGUUCAAGUUUGCCGCCGAUUUAGUUCGCUAUAUACGUCAAGAGUAUGGCCAGUAUUUUACGAUAGCCGUUGCCGGCUAUCCGAGCUGUCAUCCAGAGUCCCAGUCGACUGAUUUGGACAUUAAGUAUUUGAAGGCGAAAGUAGACGCCGGCGCUGACUUUAUUAUUACGCAAUUGUUUUUCAAAGCCGAAGUAUUCACGGAUUUUGUGGCCAAAUGUCGCCUCGAAGGUAUCGAUGUACCGAUAGUGGCCGGAAUUAUGCCCAUUCAAAGUUACGAUUCAUUGGAAAAAAUUGUUAAACUAUCGAAACUAGAUAUCCCACAGAAUAUCCUAACAGAUCUGAACCGAUUGCGUAACAAUGACGAAGCCGUCCGUAACUAUGGUAUCGAUUGGACAGUUAGUUUGUGUCGGCAAUUGAUUUCAACGAAUUCAACACCAGGUCUUCAUUUUUAUACAUUAAAUCGUGAAUUGGCGACAACAGCUAUACUGAAACGGUUGGGUUUAUGGUUGAAAUGUAUGGCCAAACCGUUGCCAUGGCUACCGCCGGCCAAUCAUCGCCGUUGCGGGGAAGAUGUUCGGCCGAUAUUCUGGUCGGUUCGACCGAAAAGCUAUGUCUAUCGGACGCAAUCGUGGGAUGAAUUCCCGAAUGGACGCUGGGGUCGAUCAGAUUCGCCGGCGUUUACGGAUCUCAAAGAUUACUAUUUGUUUUUGGACGCAAAGAAACCGAAUGAUGAACUCAGGGAUAUGUGGGGCCGGGAGUUGACCGGCGAAACUGAUGUCUGGCAUGUAUUCUGGUGUUAUGUUUCGGGUAAUCGGAAUAAUUAUGGUAAACGUGUUUCGAUGAUACCGUGGAAUACGGAGGAAGAACUGCGACCCGAAACCCGACUGAUUGUUACGGAAUUGUCGAAACUGAAUAAACGCGGCGUUUUGACCAUCAAUUCGCAGCCAAAUGUUAACGGUGUUCAGUCAACUGAUCCCAUACACGGUUGGGGCGAUAGUAAUGGUUAUGUCUAUCAAAAAGCAUAUCUGGAAUUUUUUACACCCAAAGACAAUAUCAGUGCUCUAAGAGAUGCCCUAAAAAGCUAUCCAUUAGUCAACUAUCAAAUAGUGGACACUUCGGGUACAAACAAUUACACAAACAUUGUAUCGAAUACACCGAUAGCCGUCACUUGGGGUGUAUUUCCCGGCAAUGAAAUAAUACAACCAACAGUUGUCGAUCCGAUAUCAUUCAAUGUAUGGAAAGACGAAGCGUUUAGUUUAUGGCAAACAAAAUGGUCGCAACUCUAUCCCGAAGAUAGCCAAUCAAGACAACUACUGGACUACAUCCACAACAACUAUCUGUUAGUUAAUUUAGUUGACAAUGAGUUUCCCAAACCGUGCUGUUUAUGGCAACUAUUGGACGAUAUGUUUGCCAUUAGAGACAACAAAAAAAUCUAA